ACAAAUUUUGUUAUGAACUACCGCAGUUUGCGAAGCUCAGGCGAGUUUAGCGACCUCGUUGUGCAGGUCAGAGGCAAAGACUUUCAUCUUCAUCGAUUUCCUCUUCUAGCCCAUUGCGAAUACUUUCGAGGUCUUCAGCGAUCGGGAAUGAGCGACGAUUCGUUUGUAAAACUCGACCUUCUGCCAGGUGGCUCCAACACCAUGAGUCUAGUGGCUGACUUUUGUUACGGGAUUCCCAUCGGGGACAAAAUCACCACCGGAAACAUAGGUCACGUGACAUGUGCUUCAAGUUACCUGCAGAUGUCGGAACCCGGCAGUCUCGGUAGUGUAUGCAAAGACAAACUUGAGAUGUUGACGCGUGAUGCCAAUAACAGCAUCGAGAUUUUAGUCAGUUGUUGGGACGUUGUGGUUGCAGCCGAGGCUGAAAACGUGACGUCAUUAUGUAUACAAGGAGCUGUACAAUACUGGAAUCGAGAGUUUGCAAAAAUGGGCAAGUCCUGGUUUCCAUUAGAAAGGGCACAAAAAUGGUUUGCUGGACUGAAGAAACUUCCGGUCAAGUGGGUAAUCAAAAUCAUGGAUUCUAUGCAAGCCAAGGGGUGUAGUCCACUCUUGCGGACAUAUUUUGCUGCAAGAUUCCUUGACUGUAUUAUGCAGCACUACUCAUGUCUAUCAAAGCCAACGCUUGAUCUUAUGACGUUUGACUCAGGAUCUGGAAGCAUAUCUACGUUAUAUGUAUUUUCUGCUGUAGGUAUGACAUUACCAUCCAAAUGCAAUACCGUGUCCACACACGAAGCUACAGACCUACAACUCGCUUCUACAACACAGGGACAAGAAUCAUCAUCAUCAGCAGCAGCAACAGCUGUUGAUGACACAACAUUUGGUCUAAUUUCUUACCUAAAUCCCAUAUCUUCUGACACUCAGGAAGCUGACCUCAAGAAUUUCUUCGAACGCUUUCUAGCGAAGAUUGCAGAUGACGCACUUUCAUUGGUUAUUCCUACAGUGACGGUUAGCUGGUUUGCUUCAGUUCUUCAUUUCUCAUCUCAGUUUAUCUGCAGUGCUGUAGAACGACUAGCAGCUAUUUGCGCAGAGAGCUACAUUCGACUGACUCUCGAAGAUGUGAAGAUGUACAAACCUAGUGUGAUGAGUAAAUUGAACAAUUUGGCAAAGAAAAACAAAUAUCAUUGUUGCAAUGCGGUAAGAUCACUGGUUGAUCAAUAUCUCUGUUAUCAAUCAGAACAGGGUUUGAUGAACAGCAGUCAGUUUGCUCAAGUGCUGAACUCGAGCGUUUGGUCUUCACGCACUUCUUUUGAAGUGCCUUUCCAGGCUUUCGAAAAGCUUCUAGAAAGAGAUCUUAAGGCAAAUCCGCAUAAUUGUAAAUGGGUUAUGAUCCAAGAUCACUCUGUGCAUAUGAGUGCAAUACAAGAAAUUGAUUUUACCAUGGUAAGCCAAGAAGCACUGGAAAGAGCUUCAAAGAAUGUGCACAUUCCGGAUCAUGUUGUUAUGAAUGCAGCAGUCAAACUUUGCUCGCGUCUCCGAGAUGAGCUGCAACAAACUAAAGGCCAUCUUUCACAAGCGCAACUACAGUUUAUCCAACAGAAGAGGGAGAGCUCGAAUAGGAUAAGCAGACUGGAAAAUGAGCUAAAAAGGAAAGAUACCGUAAUUUUAAAGCAGCAGGAUGCAAUAAUAUCAUAUAAAUCAGAACCAAUGCAUUUGAAAGACCUAAAGAAUGAAGCCCAAAUCAAACAAAACAGGCUAAUGGCACUGUCUUACGAACAGUUACAAGGAUCAUGGAUGGUCGCAGGUCCGCUUUCAUUACGUUACCAUGGCUAUGGAUUUCAGCAGUGUUCACACUCAGACCAGACAUUGACUAUACGAGUAUCUGCGGUUGGUAACGAGCGAGACGCUGCCAAAACACUCGACAUGACGGUUGAAUUUGAAUCACGUUCACUUAGCAAUUCUCGCAAAGUGGGCAAACGCGGAGAGCUUCCACCCACAGCCAAAACGGAAAUUGGAGUAAGACCUGCAUACAUUUUGUCACUAAAUGAUGAGGGCGAUGAUGUUGUUCAAUAUUGGAACGCUUGGUAUGAUAAAACCAAAUUAGGACAUCGCGUCAGCAGAUCCAAACCUCCAUUUGUGAUCUACGACCAGUUCACUGAUUCUUUACUCGUGCCGUCACUAAAUCCAGCGGAGCAACGACUGGUACAAUGGAAGAGACGGCACUGAAUUCCACCCAACGAGGAAGAUGAUCACAAAGUUGCAAGUGUGUGACUUGUAAAGCGCGUUAGCUGCUAUACGAGUAGAUCUACCUAAGGACUUAUUAAAGACAACGUAUUUUACAAGCCAGUGGUCGCACGUUAUAGAUGUAAAUCGUGGCAUUGUUCAUCAUCUACUUCAUGUUGGGAUUAGCAUUCGUCUGCUUGUUAUUUCUAGUACACACGUUUAGCAAUUUAAU